AUGUUCUGUAACUAUCUAGAACAUUUAAUAGACAACUUGGACUUCGUACAUAGAAAAGAAACUGAAUCAACUCGAUUGAUUGAGACAAAUGAUAAAACACCUGAUGUUCAACCAAAAAGCUUUGAUCAUAAUCGUGAAACGACAGAUGAUCAACCAUUAGGAUCAAACGAUGAUAUUGAACCAAGAACAGUAGAUGAAGCAACAUUCUCAAGUGUUCAGACAAAGGAUGUCAGAGCUUGUGUCACAGCCAUUCUGCAAUACCCAUCAAUCAUAUUAUCUUCAUCUGAUAUUGCUCUUGCUACUCGUCAUUAUUCAUCGACAAUCCGUCAACGAGUUGUUCAUAUAAUGAUUGAAAAAAAUCUGUUACGUGAGGAUGACUAUUUGGUGAGGAAAUUAGCAAAAAAACUGAAGAUCGUGAAAGGAUUCGCUAAACAAGUACCGUCGUUAAAUGAUGAACAAUCACGUUUUAAUUUUAUCACAACUCUCAAUGAAUUUGGUAUUACGUGGGAAUCUUUUAAUUCUUUUUUUGAUCCUACAAAAGAUGGUUUUUCGACAGCAACACAGUUACGAUUGAGUGAAAUAGCUGAGGCUUUGUUGGAAUCAGAAGAUUAUAAAUCUUAUGUUACUUAUGAUAAACGUGUAGUAUUUCGCGCUGUUGAAAAUACACCAGCAGAAUAUGAUGACCUUCAAUGUGGAGAAAAUGUUACGGAGUUUAAAAAUGAUAUAUUUUUUACAAAGUUAAUAAAGCAAGCCCCAAUUUACACGAUAAUGACACUACACGAACGAUUAAAAGAUGUCGUCGCUUCGAGUGAGAAAUAUCAUAUUAUUUGUGAUAUCAUCAACAGACAAUUUAACACGAAUUUUUCAUCUGCUUUUAUACAACAACAAAUCGAGUUCUUUUCAUCGUCAGAACUGUUCCGUUCAUAUUUAAUGUUUUCUAUUGACAUUGAGCAACUAAUCACUGAUUAUCAAAAGUUAACCAACUAUUCAAUCAUGUUUACCAAGAUUGAGCCGAUGUCAAGAAAAUGUAUCAUUUGUUCGGAUAAUGAUGAUGUUUUACCUAUUUAUCAACUGUCAAAAACAUUUAUAUUCUAUGAAAACAUAUUAGAACAAUGCGUUACUUUAUAUUCUUACUGCAAGAGAUGUAAAUGGUCAUUUUAUCCAAACAGUUAUAGUCAUGAUGUUACUAGGAAACAUUGCGUACAAAGACAACAAUUUAUGAAUGCAAAUACAUUUCAUUUUGGAGGUGAAUGUGUAUAUUCUCACAGAAUCUUUUUAUCUUUUUCAUCAGCUUUAUUAGCAAUGCGUGCAUCUUAUCAUGGUUUUGUCAAACAUUAUAAUACUAUAGUAAUAAAUAAAACAGCGUUUCGCGAGAAAAAAUUAGACGAGAAAAAUUUCCAGAUUAAUUGGAUUGUUUAUACUGUUUUGAAAUUAUUAUUCUUAUGGAGUGAUAAAGAUAUUGUUGUAAUUCCUUACUCUUUAUACGAUAAAGAGGAAGUGAAUGCGUUUUUUGAUCGACAUAAAGAUGAACUGUACAGAGCUUUUGUCAAACACUGGUCAGAUCAUGCUGCUCACAAAAGCCCAAAUUGCAUCACUGGUUGUACUGACAUAAUGAUUGUUGAUGGGCAUCAGAAAACAGCCAGAAUAACAUGUAAAUUUAAUAAUUAUUAUGAUAAUACUAUUGAAGAAUUAGGUCCAGUACUUGUUGGAUGUCCAAAAUCAGUCUCGAAACAUUCGAAAACUGAUUCGAACGGUCUUUGCGAAAAACAUAUCAAAGUGGUUGACAGUAUCGGUAAUAGCGCUAUGAGAUUUGAUCCAUCGGAUGAUGUAACUGAUGAAGACUGUAACGUAAAACGUAAUGAAUUAUUAGAUAACAAAAACCGAUCAACGACUUAUGGAUUUUUAAUAUCCUUUUAUUCAUGUGGUAUAGUUGCUGGUUUUGACGAGUCCAUUCGUUCAGAAUCGCCACGACGUGUUUUAAGACAUUUCAUACGAAUAGGUAAUUUUUCACACAUUUUUAUAUCUCCUAAAUCAUUUAUUUAGGAAAAAUCAGCAAGCUUCCCUCUGGAAUUAUGUAUGACAAUGCGUGCUCAAUUAAACUUUACAUGAUGGCUCGAUACGGAACCGAUUAUUUUAAAUCCACUCCAAUUAGUGAUCAUUUAUAUCACAAUGUUCAUUUCGUCAUCGACUGCUUUCAUGAACAGAACCACACACGACAUAUGUGUAAAAAUGAAAUGAGAGCAAGUCAUCCAUCUCAUAUGAACAUGUUUGAUCAAAUCAACAGCCAGAUUGCUGAACAGACAUUUUCCAUAAUCGCUCAAUAUAAGACGCAUUGGUCAAAUUAUUCUUAUCCAAAAAGUUAUAUAAACUUUAUUUUAUUCUUUCAUUUAUAUAACUGUGAAGCAUCUAAGACUUUGUUUUAAAUAAACUUCAAAGGUUGAAGAUAAUACUUGCUUAAUUCGGUUUCAAAUAUAAAUGAAAAUUUUCGAAAGUCUGUAUGUAUCAUAUAAACGGUAAAAGAAAAAAAAGUUCAUUUAUAUGAAUUUUUGAAUUAAAGUGACCCGCCAAAUCAGUUUCAGUACCGUCAAAUAUAAAAGUUGAACUAAAUUAUAAGAAUAUCUAGUUACUCCAGCGAUCUACCAAAUCUGUACACCUUUCUACCAUUCCUCUCUCACCCUUGUACACAGACAUACACACAUUAUAUCUAUAUAUACGUGUUUGUUUAUUUAUUUACUAAUAAAUAUAUUCAUGGUCAACUCUCCCUACAAGAGUCCCCGGGGACUCAUAACAGGGUGUUCCCAGGGAUUUUAUUGUUUUCCUGGGACUCCCCGGAGAGUUGUCUGGGGAAAACGGAUGCAAUAUAUAAUUACUAAUAAAUUCUUCUUAAUUUUUAAAAAUUGAAGAGGUUUUUUUUAAAUUUAGAUAUUUCAUCAAUUCUACCUAGACAAAUCCCCGAAGAGUCCCGCAAAUAAAAAGUCCCUGGGACUCACGACAGGGACCCCUCGGGGAGUCAUCGGGGGGAAACCGGAUUAGGGAUGUGAAAUUCAUCUAAAAAUAUAUUUAUUUGUUUAACCCAACCCAACCCAACCCAAUACUAAUCUGAAACAUCAACCUCAUUUUACUUUUCUAUAUAAUAAGACAACUAGUAUACGAUUAUUUUUAAAUGCAUUCAAUUGAAUUUCCAGGAAAUUUUUAUUAUAGUCAUUUCAUUUGAAUUUCCUGUACAUCGGAAUUUACCAUCGCAUGUCCUGUCCCGAAUAACUCAAGCAAGUCAGAUGUUGGGAUCUGACUGGCUUUAAGUUGGUCCGAUAUUCGUCAGACCAAUUUAGAGUAGUCCUCUCUCGAUCAUUGAUCGAGAUCACCAUUCUCUCGAAUAAUCAAUAAUCGAGAAAUACUUUAGAAAAAAACUUAUUUGAAAAUUAUGUUUUGAAUGUUCAAUCAUGUUGCUUAUAUUCAGUUUUGUAUGCAUAAAAAAACGGUGAAUGGCUAGAUAGCCUAUCUAAAUAAAAUAAUGAUGUCGCUUUCCGUUUUACUCAAGAUCUUGCGAAGAUCUUAGGUACAGAUUUCUCUGAUACAACCAAGAUAUGUACAUAUAAAUUAUCUUUUUAAGAUCUGGUUAAGAUUUUACUUACCGAUCCCAAGAUUCCCAGAUCUUGCUUACAAGAUGUUUCACUAGGGGUGAGCAUGGGUAUGAAAGAGAUAUUUUUACAGUAGAUUGGAUGAAUAUGAGGGAGAGACAUUGUUACAAUAGUUUGAAUGAAUAUGGGGGAGAGCCACUAUUACAAUAGACUGGAUAAAUAUGAGGGAGAGACAUUCAUUACAAAUAUUAUUAUGAAAACAUAUUUUGAGGAUAAAUGUUAUUACAAUAAAUGUUAUGAGAAUGGACAUACGAAUAGAAAUAUAUUUUACAUUAAGUGGGGAUAAAUAGAAAAUAUCUUUUACAGUUGAUAGUGUAAAAUAAAAUAAAUUAAAUUAAGAUAGAAAAAAAAAAAGUAAGAAACAUACGAAGUAUAAAUAGAAAGUAUUUUUUACAAUAGAUAGUAGGAAGUAAAUUAGGUUACAAAAAGUA